GCUUGCUUCGGUGGUGCUGCAUCGAAAGUAUACAGCUAUGAGUCUUGCUGUGCAUGCGGCAACGAAUAUGGCAACUCGUCAGGACGGAGCCAUUGCUGGGUGGGACCCUUUGAUUUAUCUUACUGCUGCACCUUCUAUGCCAGUGACGCGCGCCUGUUACCACAUUUGCCUUGCUGGCGGGACGCUGAUGGUCCCAAACGCCGGGUGCAGUUUGAGCUUGCUGGGAGGGAGUGGACACUCUGGCAGAAGCCCCGCGAGCCCUCCGACACACGAGGCGUCAUGGCGCACGUGAUGUGGCCUUCGGCCUACGCCUUGGCUGCUUGGAUGCUGGACAAAACAGGGACCGCCGCAGAUGCCAUCGAAGCUACGCAAGUGCUUGAGCUCGGCUGCGGCUUGGCUUUGCCAUCGCUGGCGGCGGCCUUGGGAGGUGCGGCCACGGCCCAGGGCACCGACAUUGAUCGGGAUGCGGUGCAAUUGGCUCGGAGAGCUGCCCGGGCGAACCUGCCGGAGCCUUUUUUCUCGCGCUUUCGGGCGGACGUCUUGGACUUCCGGGACGCGGCCUCUUUGGCGACGGUCGCUGAAAACCCAUCGGGAGUGGACACGGUGCUGAUUUCCGGGCAGCUCUACGAGGGUGCCCUCAGCGUCCCUCUACUACGUGCUCUGCAGACGCUCUGCUCCCGGCAGCUCUGCACGGUGCUCAUGGUAUUCUGGAUCUCGAUUGAGUUCUCGCAGACGCAGAUCGCGUUCUUGGAUCGCAUGGGCCAAGUCGGCUUUAAGGUAGUGGACGACUUCGCUUGCCGCGAGCGUUCUCGGAGCCGCAGCCCGGACCACGACCACGGCGUCUCCUCCACGGAGGCUCCGGAGCCUUCCUGGAGUCUCUCAGAAGUGCCUUGGCUUGACGAGAAGACCGGUCUCACCUGUACCAUUUCGGCGACCCGUGGAGCUCGUGGGAAGGCUUUCGGGGAGGCACAGCUUUGGCAGGCUCAGGUCCGCUUCAGCACCUGGGAUGCGACCGUCAAAGACACCACUGAGCAGUUGAGGCCAUGCCUCUACGCCGAAGUGGAGCAUCACCUGGGUGGGCUGGUCUCCUGGGUCUCCUCUGCAGCUGCCAGCGCCUCCGACAAGUUCAGGUGGGUCUUCCUGGAGAAGCCUUGGGUCGGCGCUGCCGGCCUCGCCGUGCUGGUCGCCGCCAGCGCAUGCGCAUUGUACGUGUACAUGAGCAUGAAGCACAUUACAGCUAGAGGCUACCGUUUACUGGGUGUAGAUGAAGGGGAGAGUCGGGAAAGGCUGCAUGCGCAAUUUCGUAUCGCCACUUCUCUAGGGCUUUCCGUCGCUGACAUGGUGUCGGACAUCUACGUCGCCACGGCAUACUUCAGAAGUGGCCUGAUAGCUUUCGGAGGCUUGCUGAUAGCCAUUACGCUGGGUUCUGGGGUCGUGGGGUUCGUGUUGCACCGGGCGAGUUGGGAGCGGGUAAGUGACGAAAAGAACGUAGAUUUUUGGGCCGCUGGUCUGAACGAGCAGGGGGAGCCUAAGCCUGGGGCUAAGGAAUUGGUCUUGCAUGUGCUACAGAUAAAGCCCCUUCUUGUCGCGUACGAGUCGUUCCAGUUGGGAUCCGAAACCGUGGUGCUGGUGAGGGACAAGGUUCUAGCGCAAUUGAGCGAGAGUUUGCCAAGCUCACUGCUACAGGCGUAUGCGCUCGCAGUUGCAGGUGCGCCGCGGGAAGGCAGCGUGUUCUUCCUUGUCCUGUCGCUAGGCCUCUCCUUAGGAUCCAUGGCCGAUGCGGCGAACAAGGGUUACCGGCGGCUGUGCGCACCGACCAUCGAGCCUGGCGCUUUGCCAGAAGCCGGCUUGCUGGCCUGGCGCUGCGCCGACGUCGGCGGACGCAUCUGUGGCUGGGCCCUCCUGGGCAUGGCCCUCCGCCCAGUGGAUGCCUCCAGGCGCGGCAUCCAGCAGCCGUGGUUGCCAGCUUGGAUUCUGGUGGACAUCGCGGUGUCGGCGGCGAUCCACAAGCUGGUCCUCUGCAAGGCCUGGGAAAAUCUGAAGCGACCCCAGGAGAUGCUGGAGCUGCUGCUCAGCGCCGUCACGAUCCCUUGGGGUUGCUUCCAGUACCUGGGAUGCAGAGUUCGUCCGAGCAGCCAAGUAGCAAGUGGCAUGGAGAAGCCGACAAUGCUGCCCAUGCCUUCUUGUGGCUUGAGGCAGGCAUUGCUGCGAAGGCAGCUGCGGCUGCAACGCAUGCUGCUGCUUGGCCGCAACCUGACCACCAUCGCGGCGGCAGCGGUCGUUGCUGCGAAGUAUGGCAGCACAGCGCCCGACGGCACAUGCCCACUCGCGGCCCGCCCAGCCCUGGCUUCUCUGGCCGCUGCAGCGGUGGCCUUCAGUUUGGCCACGUUGCUGACCGCAGCCGUUUCGGAGAUGCUUCUCUGCUGGAACCUGACCUUGUUCCCAGUGGCUCAAGGCCUCUGCAGCGGCCCACUGCACCUAUCGGUGCGGCUGGGCAGCGUGGCCAACGUGCAGCAUAUCUUGGCUCAAACCCGCACGCACGAUGAGGGCUUGCUGCCCGCGCACGAGGCCGCUAUCUGCGGCGAAGUAGGGGUUCUCAUAGCUUUAAACGAGCACUGCGGCAGUGAAGCCAUGGACGCCGCGGACGAGCAGGGGCGCCGUCCACUCCAUCUAGCUGCGGCGUCGGGCAGCGUCGACGUGCUUCGGUUCCUCGCUGAAGCUCAGGCCGUGGCCGACUCUGCGGACGAGAAUGGCAUCACGGCCGCCCACAUGGCUGCAGAGAUGGGCCACGCGGAUGCUCUGGAAGUGCUGCACCAGGCGGACGCUGUGGACUUCCAGGCCCGCGACGCGCGUGGGGCAACUGCAGCACACAAAGCUGCCGGAGGUGGCCAUGUGGAGGCCAGGGCCGACCUAGAGGCCAAGGCCAAGGUGGAGCUGGGUGCCAAAGACGAUGAUGGCAUCACGCCGGCAUGGCUCGCAGCGUGCAACGGCCACGCGGCGGCGCUGCGGCUGCUGCAAGAGGCAGGGGCCGACCUGGGCGCGGCCACCGACAAGGGCGCCACGCCCGCCUUCAUAGCCGCCCAGAACGGCCACCUCGAGGCUCUGCAGGUCCUGCGCCAGGCUGGCGCGGACCUCGCUGCAGCGGCGAAGGACGGAGCGACGCCGGCCCACCGGGCUGCACAGAACGGGCACCUCGAGGUGCUGCGGCUGCUCCUGCAGGCCGGGCCACCGACUUCCAGGAAGACGUUUCCAGACUCCGGAGCCCGGAGGGGGCAAGCCAAGCGAAAGGGCCAGAUCUGCGAUGUAAAGCUCCGGGGAUCCGUGGAAGACCAUUCAAGCCUAGUGUCAAUCAGCCUCUUGGUACGCCCAACCAGAAUGACACUACCUUUAUUUCUGUUCUUGGGGAUCCGCAUGCAAGAGCUGCUUUGUGGCAGGCGUCUGUACGUUGGGAACGACCCAGCGGCAAAGCUGGUAGAAGAACAGAUGGCAGGUGCUGGCGCGGACCUCGCUGCAGCGAAAAAGGACGGAACGACGCCCGCCCACAGGGCUGCACAGAACGGGCACCUCGAGGUGCUGCGGCUGCUCCUGCAGGCAAAGGCCGACCUGGGCGCAGCCAGGGACGACGGCGUCACGCCCGCCUACUUCGCCGCCCAGAACGGCCACCUCGAGGCUCUGCAGGUCCUGCGCCAGGCUGGCGCGGACCUCGCUGCAGCGAAAAAGGACGGAAGGACGCCGGCCCACGGGGCUGCACUCUUCGGGCACCUCGAGGCGCUGCGGCUGCUCCUGCAGGCCGGGCCACCGACUUCCAGAGCCCUCUUUUCAAGGAAGCGAGCAGGGGAUUUGGAGGCAUCUUUGGGGAGGGGAGAAGAAGUCAUUGCUACAACCUGCUACAGCUAG